AUGUGGAUUGUUACAAGAAACAGAGUACGUGUUCAAGGAUCAACACAGUUUCUGUACGAGAAGACAGUUAUGAUGAUUGGCGCAACCGGAUCUGGAAAAAGCACUCUCAUUGAAGGAAUGGUUAAUCAUAUUCUUGGAGUGAAAUGGGAAGACAAUUUCAGAUUUAAAAUCAUCGAUAUAAUGGCCGAUGAACGCGCACGGCACGGAAGGCAGACAGAGUCACAAACUGAUUGGAUUACAAGUUACCGGGUGCAUCCAAGACACAAAAAAGAUAGCUUUACUUUGAAUAUUAUCGACACACCUGGCUUUGGAGAUACACGAGGGAUUGAACAAGACCAGCAAUUGGUGGAGCAGAUUCGAGCUUUAUUCACAACGAAAGGUGUAAAAGGAAUAGAAACAAUAGAUGCAAUAUGCUUUGUCACGCAAGCUCCACUUGCCAGAAUGACAGCAACUCAAAGAUAUAUCUUCGAUGCAAUCCUGUCAAUAUUUGGAAAAGAUAUGGCAAACAACAUUGUUGCUAUGAUUACAUUUGCAGAUGGAAAAGAGCCACCUGUGCUGAAUGCAUUAACACAAGCCAGAUUUCCAUACAAAAAACACUUUGUUUUCAACAAUUCAGCACUUUUUGAAUCUAAUACAGAAGGGAAUUGCAGCAGAUUUGCAAGAAUGUUUUGGGAGAUGGGAUCCUCGAGUUAUGAUGCCUUUUUUAAAUUCUUAGGAACAAUGAAGACUCAGAGUCUACAACUGACAGCAGAAGUUCUUAACAAAAGAGACGAGCUGCAUACAACCAUCCAAGGUCUCGUGCCACAGAUUGAUAUUGCCCUUCAUGAACUUGCAAUCAUGAAGACAGAACGAAAUCUUGUAAACAAAUUUGAAAGGGAAAUAAAAGAUAACAAAAAUUUCCAAUAUGAGGCUGUAGAAUUUCACCAAACUCAGAUACCCUUACAACCAGGAGAAUAUGUGACCAACUGCACGUUUUGCCAUAUGACAUGCCAUUUUCCUUGUUAUAUCCCUAAAGACAAGAAUAAAUAUUACUGUGCAGCCAUGAACGACGGUAUUUGCAACAUUUGCCAAAAACACUGCUCAUGGGAUGUUCACGUGAACAAUGACUAUCGGAUAGAAGUCAAAAAAGUAACUGUAAAUAAGACGUACUCGGAAAUGAAAAUCAAAUAUGAAUUUGCAGAAAAAGAAAAGGUUUCGAAAGAGCAUCUCAUUCGUUCAAUUAAAAAGAAAUUCUUAAAAGUAAAGAGUACCGUAUACAGUAUGCUAACACGAGUACGUGACUGCGGCAACUACCUGAGACACAAUGCCAUAAAAGCAAAUCCACUGACUGAAGUGGAAUAUCUGGAUCUAAUGAUCGAGUCAGAACUGCAUAGUAAGAACUGUGGUUUUGAACAACGGAUAAGCAUGUUACGUAUGUUCAGAAAGCAAGCUGACCUCACUGAAAAUGCGGUACGUUUUGAUGACAUGAACAAAUUGAUGAAACAUAUGGGAUUUGAUGAUGAGUAG